AUGUCUGUUCGCCAGCGUCACCCUGCCGAGGGCUCUGAGAAUGAGCCAAAAACAAGUCAGCCUGCUGCCAUUGCGGCUGCGGUUAUGGAGCAACCACCUCAGGUCGUGAAGAAAUUGCUCCAUUGGGACGAUCUGCCCCAUUGGCAGCGUGAUAACCACCAUAUCCAUACGGGAUACCGGCCGGCCUCGUUUUCGUUCCUCAUGUCAUUCCACUCGCUCACGUAUCUCCAUAACGAGACGGUCAACAUCUAUUCGCACCUUCUGCCAUCAAUACUAUCUAUACCUGCCGCGCUGUUACUAUACCGCGAGCUCGCACCUCGCUAUGAGACUGCUACCCGGGACGAUAUCAUCGCCUUUGGCUGCUUCUUCACCGGAGCUGCGUUCUGCUUGGGGAUGUCGGCAAUCUAUCAUACCAUUUCAAAUCAUUCUCCGACUGUGGCUCGCAUUGGCAAUGCCUUUGACUACGUCGGUAUCGUAGGACUCAUUGUGGGAAGCUUCGUGCCAAGCGUUUACUAUGGAUUCUACUGCGUCCCUGGUCUGCAACAGCUGUACUGGAUGAUGAUCUGCACCAUUGGUCUUGGCUGCGCUGCUGUAUCUGUCCUUCCACAGUUCCGGACCCCUCGGUGGCGGCCUUUCCGUGCAGCCAUGUUCGUGGGCAUGGGCCUGUCAGCUGUGUUCCCCGUGAUCCACGGCUUACGAUUGUACGGCAUGGAGCAGAUGACACGCCAGAUUGGGCUUGGAUGGCUUCUGCUCCAGGGUUUCCUGUACAUCUUGGGUGCUACGAUCUAUGCGGCUCGGGUCCCUGAACGUCUGCGGCCGGGCAAGUUCGACAUACUUGGAAGUUCACACCAGAUCUUCCACGUAUUGGUGGUUUGCGCUGCUGUGGCCCAUUUGACUGGGCUGUUGAGAGCAUUUGACCACAGACGCAGUGGGAUUGCAGUGAGCUGUCCGGUAGAUUCAAUCUGA